AUGACUGAUGCAGCACCGCUCUACGGACCGCUUCGGGUAUGCAGCUACGCUCUGGGAGUGUUCCCGUACACGGUGUCGCGGUCUGCGCCGCACAGGUUCCGCCUGCACUGGUUCGGUGUGGCGCUGAAGGCCGUGCACUUGUUGCUGUUCUGGUCGUCCGCCACGACCGUCAUCAAGAUGCUGUUCCUGAUGUACCCGACCGACACCGAACAGCGGAACAGACAGGCGCUUGACAAGAAGCUGGCCAGCACGUCGCCGAUGAAAGUCUACGAGCUGUACGUGUACAUGUCGUUCAUCACGUCAGCGACAGCCGCCCUGUGCCAGCUGCACAUGAUGCUGCCGUCGGUCGUGGCUCUGAUCGGCGAGUGUCUGCUCCGGCCGCACGUCCACCGCGGCCACGUCUGGCCACCGUUUAGGGCGUUCACAAUGAUCGCGUUCGUCGUCUACGAGUUUGGCAUUUACUACGUUCUCAGCAUUUCGAGGUUCAAUCGCCAGUAUUUCAUAACUCUGUUUUCGUUUCUAUCAAACAUCGACUGCAUCGUGGUCGAACAGUUUUUCUACAUCACGUGCUUAACACUGUGCGUUCGGCUGAAACGGAUCCACAUGGACGUACAGGAUCUAGUGCACAAGGCCGAGCACCCGCGGUGGAGAUGUUGGGCGAACCCCGCGGUCGGACAUCCGGUCCCCCUGGGCAUACCGGCGUUUGAGGCGGCGGACAUCCGGCACCUGAGAUCCACCCACUUGAGGGUGAUUGAGCUGUUUUUGCGCGUCAACCACGCGUUCCAACUGCCGCUGCUACUGAACAUGAUCGACAGUGUGACUCGCAUCCUAUUCUACACGUCUGAGGUGACGUACCAUUUGACUUACGUCAUAUGGGACAAACGCACGACGAUUACUUACGAGAGCACCGUCCUGUACUCAGGCUAUUGGGGAAUGAGAAUCGUCCGGUUGUGGUACUUGCAUUCGUGUGAAUAUUACAUCACAAAAAUGAUUAUGCCUAUACGGAUUUCAUUGAGCUGGCUUACAUUAACAUUAAAUCCAGUCACUAGCAGGAGAUUAAUGCCCGAGAUCAUUCUAUUUCAAAAUCAAUUAGACGCAGUAACUUCAAAAUUUCAAAUAUACGGAAUGAUAAAUAUUAAUAUAGCAUUCUUUUAUGCAGGUUUUGGAUUACUGAUGGCAUACAUAAUCUUUUUAAUACAGUUUUUUGGAUCUUCUUUGCAACCUUCAUUAGUUUUCAAUAAUAUCACAACAACCCCAAUUGUUAAUAGUGUUAUGGAAAUCAAAAAUAAUAUAAACGUCACAACAUGA